AUGACUGCCCACUUGGGUGAUUUUGGGCUUGCAAGGUUCCUCUCUACUUCGGGCUCCACGGCAUCCGAAAAUUCAACAAGCUUAAUGGGGAUAAAAGGAACGAUUGGAUAUGUUGCACCAGAAUAUGCAAUGGGCAGCCAGAUAUCCACACAGGGAGACGUGUAUAGCUAUGGAAUACUAUUGCUAGAGAUGCUUACAGGAAAGAAGCCUACAAAUGACAUGUUUAAGGAUGGCUUAAACCUUCAUAAAUUUGUCGAUAUGGCUUUCCCAGAAAGAGUCACGGAGAUUUUGGAUCCACAAAAUUUGCAAGAUGAAAAUGAAGAAGUUGAUGGCAACAUUAGAAAUGAAGAUUUUAGUAGAAUGCGACUGAGGAGAUGCGUAAUUUCAUUGAUUAGAAUUGGUCUCUUGUGCGCCAAGGAAUCACCGAAUGAACGACCGAGAAUGCAAGAUGUCACCACUAAAGUUCGUGCGGCCAAAGAAAUGUUAUCAGUAGUCGAAAUUAUUGAAGAGGAAGCAAAUUUGCCUGCAUGA